GUUUGUUCUGAGCCAUCGUCCUGAUCCAGCUGGGUGAAGGUGAAGCCGGCCCCGUCUCGCCUUCUCUCUCUCUCUCUUUCGGCCCGUCGCUGGAAGCGCCCUCUCCCGUCUCCUCCUUCUGCACCGCACCGGGAUCAUCUGCUUUGCCCCGAGCCAUGUCCCUGUUCAGCGAUGUCCCGCAGGCCCCUCCCGUGGCGGUCUUCAAACUCACCGCCGACUUCAGAGAGGACAGCCACCCGCAGAAGGUGAACCUGGGAGUUGGAGCUUACCGUACUGACGACUGCCAGCCAUGGGUGCUGCCGGUGGUGAAGAAGGUGGAGCGGCUGAUUGUGGAGGACGACAGCCUGAACCACGAGUACCUGCCCAUCCUCGGCCUGCCCGAGUUCCGCUCCGCUGCCUCCAAGGUCGCCCUGGGAGACGACAGCCCCGCCAUCAAGGAGAGCAGGGUUGGAGGAGUCCAGGCUCUGGGCGGGACCGGUGCGUUGAGGAUCGGGGCGGAGUUCCUGCGGCGCUGGUACAACGGCACCAACAACACAGACACGCCCGUCUACGUCUCAGCACCGACCUGGGAGAACCACAAUGGUGUGUUCGCUGAUGCUGGCUUCAAAGACAUCCGGCCCUACCACUACUGGGAUGCUGCUAAGAGGGGCCUGGACCUCACCGGGCUCCUGGAUGACCUGGAGAAAGCUCCAGAGCACUCCAUCUUCGUGCUCCACGCCUGCGCACACAACCCCACCGGCACCGACCCGACUCAGGAGGAGUGGAAGAAGAUCGCAGAGAUCAUGAAGAGGAGGAAGUUGUUUGUGUUCUUUGACUCGGCGUACCAGGGCUUCGCCUCUGGCAGCCUGGACAAAGACGCCUGGGCGAUCCGCUUCUUUGUCUCUGAGGGAUUCGAGCUCUUUGUAGCUCAGUCCUUCUCCAAAAACUUCGGCCUGUACAAUGAGAGAGUGGGGAACCUGACAGUGGUUGCCCAUGACAGCGAGAAUCUGACCCGCAUCCUGUCUCAGAUGGAGAAGAUUGUCAGGACGACCUGGUCCAACCCGCCAUCUCAGGGAGCACGCAUCGUCAGCAAGACCCUCAACUGCCCCGAGCUGUUCGCUGAAUGGAAGGGUAAUGUGAAGACCAUGGCAGACCGGGUUCUGCUGAUGAGGGAUCAGCUGAAGACAAAGCUGCAGGCUCUGGGCACCCCGGGCACCUGGGACCACAUCACCCAGCAGAUUGGCAUGUUCAGCUUCACCGGCCUGAAUCCCAAACAGGUGGAGUACAUGAUCAAAGAGAAGCACGUGUACCUGAUGGCCAGCGGUCGCAUCAACAUGUGCGGUCUGACCACCAAGAACAUCGACUAUGUCGCUCAGUCCAUCCACGAGGCCGUCACCAAGGUCCAGUAAAGGCCGCUUCCGUUGUCCGCCCACUUCCUGCCUCCUGUACGCCACAGGAAGUAUCCUCAUGCCCUCGUGUGUGUGCCCCCCUGUGCCCCUUCCUCUGCUUAUCCUCUCCUCUGAUUGGAUGAACUGCAGCAGGUUUUUUUUUUUUGCAGUUGAACCAAUAGGAGGACAGAUGUGUUUCUCCCCCUCACACAGAAGUAUAAAUCUUUGGGAGGUGCAAUGACGUUAGGGAAACUCUUGAACAGUUAGGUAUCGCUGUCAUCAGAGCUCUGUGUACCCACGUGUGUGGGAGAUAAAAGUUAAAAUGUCUUUUAUCCAGGUCCCUUCAUUUUUAGAUUUCCUGCCUUUGUGCUUUCCCAAUCAUUUCUGCUCACAAACGGUCCACUGAGUUUUUGUUUGUCUCACGUUGGACAUCAGAACGUGGGCUGAUGAGAGACUUUUUAAUGAAACUGUUGUGCUUCCUCAAUAAUGUAUAGCACUUCCAGGGAUUAGAUAUGUUGAAUCUGUAGUAUUGAACAAAUGGCAGUACAGAGAAGUUCAUGUAAAUAGAUGUAAUCACGGCUACAGGUCCUACCAUUUCCUGCAAGAGCACUGAACUCCUGCUUUUCUUUAGCUCUGAAAACAUUUUAAAAAAAUCAAACUCAUGUUUUCAAGCAUCAGAAUUUGCACACAGUAAUUAACUGCCCCCCGCAGACUGAAUCCCGACGUGAGUGAAGCGACGGUUCGUUUUAAUUUUAGACGUGUUGAAGAAAACCGGUCAGCACAAUCAACUCAUCCCAGCAGAUUUAUUAUUCUGAAGUCUAAAGCAGGGCAUUACGGGUUUCACGGUUAUUGUCUCUGUCAUGUGACGUGGUUGAAAGGUCAUUUAAAGGUAAUGCAUGUUCCUGGUGUUGGGGUUUUUGCCUUGUCAUUACUGUGCAGCUAUGUAGAAGAUCGUAACGUUAUUUGAAGUCCACGACGCGACUGUGUGUGUGUGUGUGUGUGUGUGUGUGUGUGUGUGUGUGUGUGUGCCAUCAGUGAACAAAAAUCGCCUCUCCGCUCUGUCACUUCCUUCUCACCCUGCAGUGUCCUUACUGUGUCACACAACGCCUCUGUAUAGCCAGGUGAUGUUAACGAGCCACUCUGAUCAGACCUCAGAGCCUGACACCUGUUAGCCACUCAGCCACACUCCCAUUAUGUGGUGUUGUCUGCAAUGGCACGAAGCAGUAUGUGUGUUCAUACUGAAAUAAACGAUAAACCA